AACACCUCAAAUAUGCAUUUCCACCGAAUUGUGCAGCCCACUAUCACACUAUGGUAGCUGCACCACAGCUCGGUUUCUGUGGAAUCGAGCCUCUCAGGUGCGCCUUCCCGGCCCGUUAUGCACUUCCGAACAGAAUUCGGGUCCGCAGACGGGCCAGCCGGAUUUUCUCGGUCGCCACCGAACCGAAACCAAAUCCGACUGGUUCGUCCAAGUCCACCUCACCAAACACCGUCAAUGGGUCCUCAAGGUCUCCGCCGUCACCAAAAUCCGUCAACGGGUCAGCGAAAUCGCCGUCUUUGAACUCCGUCAACGGAGUUUCCACAAGAAUUGGGGAUGUUUCAAAGGAAAUUAAAAGAGUGAGGGCACAGAUGGAGGAAAAUGAAGACCUAGCAAUACUGAUGAAAGGUCUUCGGGGACAAAAUCUAAGGGAUUCACAGUUUGCUGAGGAUAACGUUCAGCUACGCCUUGUCGAGGUAAAUGAAAGCAGUGAGUUUUUGCCUUUGGUGUAUGAUCCCGCUAGCAUCUCAGCAUAUUGGGGAAAACGGCCACGUGCUGUUGCAACACGUAUUGCUCAGUUGCUAUCUGUUGCCGGGGGUUUUCUUUCACGUCUUGCUUGGGAUGUGAUUAACAAGAAGGUCAAAGAGAAUGAAGUCUCUAGAGCGAUUGAAUUAAGGGAAAUUGUCACCUCUUUGGGUCCAGCGUAUAUAAAACUUGGUCAAGCAUUGAGCAUUCGACCAGAUAUACUGUCACCUGCUGCAAUGUCUGAGCUGCAAAAGCUUUGUGACAAGGUUCCUUCAUUUCCAGAUGAUGUUGCUAUGGCUCUUAUUGAAGAGGAACUUGGUCAGCCAUGGCAAAAUAUCUAUUCUGAACUAUCAUCUUCCCCAAUUGCUGCUGCAUCUCUUGGACAGGUGUAUAAGGGCCGUUUGAAAGAAAAUGGGGACCUGGUGGCUGUUAAAGUGCAAAGGCCUUUUGUUCUUGAGACGGUUACUGUUGAUUUGUAUGUCAUACGGAACUUGGGUUUGGUUCUAAGGAGGUUUCCUCAGAUCUCAGUAGAUGUAGUUGGACUGGUUGAUGAAUGGGCUGCUCGUUUUUUUGAGGAGUUAGAUUAUGUUAAUGAAGGGGAAAAUGGAAUACUCUUUGCUGAAAUGAUGAGGAAGGACCUUCCUCAGGUUGUGGUACCAAAAACCUAUGAUAAAUAUACUUCAAGAAAGGUUCUUACUACUGGAUGGGUAGAUGGAGAGAAGCUGUCACAAAGUACAGAAAGUGAUGUCGGAGAAUUGGUUAAUGUUGGAGUCAUAUGCUACCUAAAGCAGCUGCUUGAUACUGGUUUUUUCCAUGCUGAUCCUCAUCCUGGGAAUUUAAUCCGCACUCCGGAUGGAAAGCUAUGCAUACUCGACUUUGGUCUAGUUACAAAACUAACUGAUGAUCAAAAGUAUGGAAUGGUUGAAGCAAUUGCUCAUCUCAUUCAUCGGGAUUAUGGAGCUAUUGUCAAAGACUUUGUUAAACUUGGUUUCAUCCCAGAUGGGGUUAAUUUGGAACCCAUCUUACCUGUUUUGGCCAAGGUUUUUGAUCAGGCACUCGAAGGUGGAGGUGCCAAAAAUAUCAACUUCCAAGAGCUGGCAUCUGAUUUGGCACAAAUAACAUUUGAUUAUCCAUUUAGAAUACCCCCUUAUUUUGCUCUUAUAAUCAGGGCAAUUGGGGUACUGGAAGGCAUUGCUUUAGUGGGAAACCCUGAUUUUGCCAUUGUAGAUGAGGCAUAUCCAUAUAUUGCACAGAGGCUCCUGACUGAUGAAUCCCCACGGUUAAGGAGUGCUUUACGUUACACAAUAUAUGGGAAAUCCGGAGUUUUUGAUGCUGAAAGAUUCAUUGAUGUCAUGCAAGCCUUCGAGAAUUUCAUAACUGCAGCUAAAAGUGGAGGUGGGGAGGCUCUGAGUGGGGACAUGGCUGGACUUGGCAUCCUGCAAAGUCAAACUGGGUAUAUCAUUCCUGGAUAUUCUUCCAGUGGAUCUCAACCCAAGCAGCCUCUUCAAACAAGGGCAGCUUUAGCAUUUCUGCUGUCUGAUAAAGGGAGUUUUUUCCGAGAAUUUCUUCUGGACGAGAUUGUAAAGGGCAUUGAUGCGGUUACAAGGGAUCAGUUGGUACAGCUAAUGUCAGUUCUAGGAGUUGGAAAUGCUGCCCCAGUUUUUAGUAUGGUUCCUGCUUUCGGACCCUUAAAGCCAGCAGGACUUCUACCCACAAUAACUGAGGAAGACAAGGUUAUAUUGAAUAAUGUUCAGAAAGUGGUUGAGUUCUUGACAGCAGGAAGUUCAAUAUCAAGAACGUCAAAUCAGGGUGUGGAUGUUGCACGAGUCAUCCAAGAGCUUCUUCCAGUGUUGCCAGGCAUAUCUGCUAGAGUGCUCCCAGAUGUGCUCAGUCGAUUAUCUUCCCGGGUAUUGGCACGCGUAAUCCGAGAUACAUUUUUGUAAAGAAUAUGCUAUAACUGAGCUGUUUAAGGCCUAUAUAUUGUGCAUAUUUUGAUGAACUUAUACAGAAAUACACUAUGGUUAUUCUAAUGCACAUCUUCUGUGCAUUUCUCAGUACCAUGCAAACAUCAAGACCCAAAAUUUUCUCCUUGUAUAUAAUAUAAUCUUCACUGCAUUUCAAAUGUACAGUUGCGCUUCCUGUCA